AUGGCCGCACCACCUGUCACGAACCCAAUUGUGCUUGAUCUCUCAAACACCGCUGGAGCUACCUUGAUCAGUCUUUUCAUCUCCAGCGCGCUCUGGGGCGUGUCGUGUGUCCAAAUGUUCACAUAUUUUUACACAUACGGAGACUCGGAUGGGAGGGUGAUGAAAUUCGGAGUGGCUUUCCUUUGGGCUCUUAACACUGCCAACGAGGCACUCACCGCAACCCCUGAGUGGCGCCAGGUCAUCUCGAACUGGGGAAGCUUGGAGGUCCUCGCACAGUUCGCGCCAGAAUUCAUGCAUGCGGCUUGGACUUCUAUCCUUCUCAGCGCUGUUGUGCAAUUGGUGUUCAUCCGCAGAAUAUAUCUAUUGAGCGGCAAGAAAUCCUUUUGGAUUGCGCCUUGUGCCUUCCUAGUUCUUAUUACGGUUUAUCAGCUCGCGGUGACGAUUGCAUGGAUAAUCAUUGGGUUCCAGUCAGGGAUAACGAGCCACUCUCAAUUCGCACUCGCCCUGUCGAUCAGGUGCUGUACGACUGCGGAUGACGUCCUCAUUGCCGCUGCAAUUAUAUACCUGCUCUUGAGGAACGGGUGGCCCAAGUUCAGGAAGUCUAGGCAACAGCUUCUUCGUCUAGUCAUGGUGACGAUCAACAGUGGUGCCUGGACGGCGUUGUUUGCCCUCCUGACCGUCAUCUUCAUGUCAAUCUACCCAUCGACCCUGGUUUCUGGUGUCUUCGACCUUUCGCUCCCAGCAUUACACCUCACCUCCCUCCUCGCGAAUCUCAACUCCCGGCGCUACGUUAGAGGACAAUCCUCAGCAUCGUCCUCCAGCCCCUCUGAUCCAGAAUGGAACGAGUGCACCUCAGCCUUCGACUCUGGUAGUCGGUCUGGAUAUAGCAGCGGUGAGAGGCGGCCUAGCACAAGUGUCUAUCCGUCGAAUGCAUUCCGGCUCAAGGGCAGAGGGGCAACUGGCGAGACGAAGACUACGAUGGGUAUAAAGACGGAGAACAGCGUGCAGUUCUCUCCAAGUACGCCAAAAGCACGAGGGGAGUUUGAGAGUGUUAAUGCGGUCUCGCCCGUGGUUGCGAUUUUGAAACCUGAAUCUAUGGACUAUGACGGCACGGACACGCAUAGAUUCUACCGUCAAUCCGAAGAGCACAACGCGUCAAACAGAUACGGAGGUGUUGAAGCCUACCACAUCAACUAGGCUUUGCUUCAUGUGGCAAUCCACAAGGGUUUGGUGGGAGUGGGGACACAGCAUUUGUGAGUCAGGGUGGAUCGAUGGAGUGUUUGGAUCGAAAGUGUUGUAUGUACUAAGUAUUAAUGGUGGUAUGUA